AUGUCUACAUUUCAAAAAUUAUUUAAUCGUUUUCUUGGUCAAUUUGAAGGAUCUUAUGAGCCAAAUAUAAAUUCUAAAAGUUCAAGUAAUUCAAAUCUAACAACAUUUCAACGUAGUCGAUCACUAUCAAAAGUAAUUAAUACACGUCGACAACGUUCAUUUGAAGUGUUUAAAAGUGGUUCAUCUUGUUUAUCAUGUGGUAUUAAUGAACAUGAUCAACCAGUAUCAAUCAAUAAUAUUGAUAAACUUGUAUCAAUAUCACCAAAACAAGAAUAUAAUUUUGAAACAAAAUCUUUAGUUAAUCAUAAUAAUGAAAAUUCUUUUUCACAACAACAUCAACAACAAAUUCGACAAAAAAGACGAGCAAAAACAAAAUUAAUUAUAAUACGUCAUGGAGAACGUGUUGAUGCUUUAUUUGGUGAUAGUUGGUUUCAACAAGCAUUUGAUGGAACAGGAAAUUAUCGACGUUUUCAUACAAAUUUACCAAUUAGUUUACCAUAUAGACAAAAUUUUCAAGAUUAUCGUUACGAUCCACCAUUAACUGAACUUGGUUUAAUACGUUCAUUUAGAACAGGUGAAGCACUUUAUCGUACAGGUCUUCGUAUUGAUUAUUGUUAUUCAUCUCCAUCAUUACGUUGUGUUCAAACAGCUGAUUCUAUUCUUGAUGGAAUGAAAUUACGUACAUUAGUACCAAUACGUAUUGAAUUAGGUCUAUUUGAAUGUGGUUUAUGGCAUAAAAGUAUUAUACCACAUUUUAUGUCAAUCAAUGAACUUGUUCUUAAUCGUUUAAAUAUUGAAACAUCAUAUAACAGUAUACAAAAAUCUUUAUCAACAGAUGAAAAUGAACAUGAUUAUUAUGAACGAUCAUAUACAAUAAUGCGUGAAAUCUUAUCAAAACAUGAUACAAAUGAUAUGAGUAUAUUAUUUAUUGGUCAUGCACCAUCAUUAGAAACUUUAACAAGACAAUUAAUUGGUGCACAACCAAGACCUAAUGAAUUAACACAAAUAGCACAAAAAAUCAAUUAUCUUUCAUUGACAAUACUCGAAGGACAAAGAAAUUCAUGGACAUUUGUGGAUGCUAUACUUGCCAAACAAUUUUGA